AUGUCUGACUAUGGUAACCUCUCUCGCUUUGCAAGUCAUUGGCUAAUGAUCUGCUAUACUCCGGCUAGGCUAUACCCUAUAUACCAGCAGCGCCUAGAGGUGUUCUUUGUGCUGCUCAAGCCUCUAGUCUCCGAGACUGCGGCUGCUGGAAAUGGGGCUGUGGCUGAGGCUUUGACUGGGACUGAUGGUGGAUGGCGUGCCAAGAGAGAUACCAACUUGGACGAAGUAACUAUAACCAUAUCUAAGCUGAAGUAUAACAAAUCCGCUGAAGCAAAUGGCUUGAAUGCCGAGCUUUUCGGAGCAGCUGGAGACAAUUUAGUUAGGAGCAUUCACCAACUUAUUUGCUAUGCGGACGACAUAGACAUAAUCGGUCGAUCCAAGAGAGCUGUACUUGAGGCCUUCACAGGGAUUGAAGAACAGGCGAAACUAGUUGGUCUUCAAGUGAAUGAGGAUAAGACAAAGUACAUGUUAUCAACAAACAAAGCAACAGCUGUCCACAGCCUAAGACAAAACGUCACUCUUGGUAGCAACAAUUUCGAGGUAGUUAAGGAGUUCACCUAUAUUGGAACAAACUUCAAUCCCACGAACGACACCUUAGUGGAGAUCCGAAGAAGAAUUACCCUAACGAACCGCUGCUGCUUCGGUUUGGCCAAACAACUGGGUUCAGAACUCCUCACUCGAAAGACAAAGUGUCUGCUAUACAAAACUGUGAUUUUACCAGCCCUACUCUACGGCGGCGCCGAGUGCUGGACGAUAAGUAAGAAAAGGGAAUUGAUACUGGGCACUUUCGAAAGAAAAAUUCUUCGACGGAUUUUUGCUCCCGUAUGCGACGAUGUCGAAUGCAGAAGAAGAUACAACCGAGAACUGUAUGAGCUGUUCCAAGACGGUGACUGUAGAGUGCAUGCGAGGGAUCGUUCACGAUGGAAGACUGCAUUAUCGUAG